AUGGCUCAAGAACAUUUGGAGGACCUGUACCACCAGGGGGAGCUACUGGGAGAGGGUGAUUAUGGAGCCGUUUAUGCCGGCGCUCGCAAGGCCGAUGGCUUCCCAGUGGCCAUCAAAUAUGCCCGAAAGGAUGACAAGGAGCUAGAACUGCCUGGACUUGACGGGCCCAUCCCACUGGAAGUGGCGCUAAUGAUGCUUGUCAGCCAUGAGUCAUCAUGUGCUAAUGUGCUGAAACUCAUGGACUGGUUCAAUGGACCAGAAGAUUACAUCAUGAUCCUGGAAAGGCUGGACCCAUGCCAGGAUUUAUAUCAAUUUUGUGAUAGCAAAGGAGGGUAUCUAUCUGAAGAUAUUGCAAGGCACGUGCUGGUCCAGGUGCUCCGGGCCUUGCGUCACUGCCAGGAUUCAGGAGUCUUUCAUCGCGACCUCAAAGCUGAAAAUAUGUUAAUCAGGACUGACACUUUGGAGGUGAAACUGAUUGAUUUUGGCUGUGGAGAUAAAUGGAAAAACACCCCCUAUGUGGAAUAUUCAGGGACAGAGGACUUUGCUCCCCCAGAGCUGUUCCUGAGCGGGGAAUACCUAGCUGGCCCCACCACGGUCUGGUCUGUAGGUCUGACACUGUAUGAGCUAGUGUGCGGUUACAUGCCUUUCUGCAACAAGAGGACAACCAUAUCAGACUGCCUGAUAUUCAGGUAUGCCGGUGCCUGA